AUGGCCGACCAUACGUCGAAUGUUCAGGAUUGGGCUCUAGCAUCCUCCACCGCCUCCACCGCUCCGGGGACGCGGAGAUCGUCUGACGCCACGCUCGCCUCCAUCGACAUGUCGCGGCCAACGCAAGCCGGCAACAACGCGAUGCAGGACAGCCAGGCCAGCAUGCAUUCGGCGGAGACGGCAAACAGCAGUGGCACGGCGCGCCGACCUCGCCCUCAAAACUACGGAUCGAUGCAAGGUUCAUCAUCGACGACGCCCGCUCGCCAGACACAAUCGCUGCAGGGCAGCAUUCUCCAGGGACAGCAACAACAACAACAAACGCCUCAGCAAGCGCAACAGACACCGAAACGGCCAGCAACGCUGCGGAAAGCUUCCGUAGCCCCCCACCGAGGCGAUGUCUUCUCCGUUGACGACGACCCGACCGAGGUAGACUUGGACCUGCGAAGUACACGGAAGGAGCCCAAGGAAGAACCCAGAAGGGAUCGAACGCUGAGGCGGCGGGACAGCACGUUGAGGAGACGGCCAACAGCCCAAGCACCAAAUCUACCCAGGGUCGAGAGCCACGAAGAUGAAGAAGCACAAGCCACGACGGGCACUGACUUUCCCCGAGCAAAAUCAAGGCCGGCUUCACUCAAGGAUGCUCGCGAUCCAAGCUCAGAGGACACGCUGCAAGGCGAAGAGGAGGAGGAACUACCGUCACCAGACGACGAUGGCGAUGACGAGGACGACGAUGAUGAGGAMGGCAAUCUUAGCGACGCCGAGAGCUUCACACUGAAGGAUCGUCAAGAGGCUAUCAACGAGACACAUCCUUUUGGUAUCAGGAUUUGGAAACCCGCGCUGUACAAGAAGAGUCGUUCAGUGCAGCGCAAUGCCGAAGGAGAUAUUCACAGCGCGCCGGGAGGGAAUGUCAGUCAGUGGCUCUGGAUAUUCAACGGACUAUGGACAUUGCUCUUUGGCUGGUGGUUGGCCGCAAUCACUUCUGUAGGAGGCAUUGUCUGUUUGGUGUUUGGCAUGUUUCAGGACGCCGAGUCAGAUGGCUGCCGAGCAUACGGACGUGUGCUUAUCAACCUCGCCCACUACCUUUUCUACCCAUUCGGARAGUACGUUAAGCUGGAAAGAGAUGAAGCGUACAUGCACGAAGAUGAGGGCGAGGGAAGAGACAUUGCCGAAUACGAGCGUUGGCAGGCGGGUGAUAUCGAGGAGGGCCGCCUAUUCUUUGGACCCACGGAUAUCAACCGAUCGCUUAUUGGGCGGCGCCGGGAUGAGGUUCCCGAUCUGGAGGAGAAUGAGACCGACAGCCUCCUUGGCCGUGGACGCCAAAGUUCAGUCGCAAAGGCCGCUCGCGUCAAGACGAAGAAGCGCCUGUUUGGUCGAGGCAAGUGGAACCUUGGCCGGGUCAUCUUCUUCCUCUCCUUUUACUUCAUCAUCAGCCCAUUCUUGUUUCUUGUGAGCGGAAUCUGCUGGUUCAUGGUCUUUACCAUCCCGAUGGGCAAGGUCACGCUACUCUUGUUCUACCACUUGCGUCGUCAUCCACUGGCCAUGAGCUUUCACACCGACAGCCAUUACCAGCGCAGCUCAUCGCAGCCUCGUGGCAGUACUGAUAGUGUCAUUCUGCUAUGCACGUACCGCGCGGUCGGAUCAAAGUAUUGGAAGUACACCAUUGAUGGGACAAACAUCUUUCUCAUCAACUUGCUCGGCCUAGUGGUCUUUGCCAUUGGCGACUACUUCAUCCUCAGCAAAGUUUUACAUCUCGACAUAUGGAUCACCUCCCCGGGAUUCAUGUUUGUGGUAGCACUCUCGUCCAUCAUCCCACUGGCGUACUUCAUCGGUCAGGCCGUAGCGUCGAUCUCUGCGCAAUCGUCAAUGGGUGUUGGAGCAACAAUCAAUGCCUUCUUCAGUACAAUCGUCGAAGUCUUUUUAUACUGCGUCGCUCUGAACGAGGGCAAAUCCCAACUUGUGGAGGGCAGUAUCAUCGGCUCUAUCUUCGCAGGUAUUCUAUUCUUACCAGGCCUUUCCAUGUGCUUUGGUGCGAUCAAACGGAAGACACAACGAUUCAAUGUCAGGUCUGCAGGAGUGACCUCGACAAUGCUGCUAUUUGCUGUUAUUGGCGCCUUUGGUCCGACGCUGUUCUACCAGUUUUAUGGCACGCAUAUCCUGAACUGCCGGCAGUGCCACACCAAACACGACAAUGAAGAGCGAGAUUGCCGGCGUUGCUACUUCACGCAAGUGCCAGAACUCAAAGACAGGUUCUUCRCGGAAGCGGUGCGCCCAUACAUCUACUUUUGCACGCUCUGCCUUUUCCUGUCGUAUGUGGUGGGACUGCUUUUCACGCUACGUACGCACGCGGCCGUGAUCUGGAACAACGAACCUGAUGAGAAGAGGGAAUCGAAGCACGAAGCUACGGGUCAAACGCAUCACCUGCACGGGCAUAUGAAUCUGCCUUACACUUCAGGAUUGGUUCCUGUCGAAAUUCUUCCCGGUGCCCACAAGGCCUCGCAAGGGAUCUCCCCGAAAGACGACAUCAAAUCCACUCAGAUGUACAAGCGCAUUCUGACCCAAAGCUUGAAACAGGCAGGUGUCGCCCCACCAACCCCGGCUCACUCUCCCGACGCAAAGAAAGAUAUUCCAGAAGAGGGACCCAGAGGAGAGCCACAGCCACCUCAUAUAGUGCCCCCUAAGAGUGCCGGGAACGACGUAAUCACCGGACUGAGCCACGAGGAUAAUCGUGCGCUUGUCCAACAGGUUGCUGAAAUUGCCGCCACCGCAGCGACUGUUGCUGCCAGAGAUGCCACCAAAGCCCCGCGCCGUGCAAGUUUUUUGUCCGCAGGAACCCRCCAAGGCUCUCGGGUAAGAGAACCCAAAGACGCAGUCCAAGCCCAUGCUCAGCAGUCAAACGACCACGGUCUUCCGAACGAGCCAGCAGUUGGUGCCACUCCAGCCCACCACGAAGAAGCAUCUGGCGGCCACGAUGCGCCCAAUUGGUCUCGUACCAAAUCCGCCGUGAUUCUGCUUACCGCUACAGUGGCCUACGCGGUGAUCGCUGAGAUUCUGGUAGACACAGUUGACGUCGUCCUCUCCUCCAUCGACAUCCCGGAGAAGUUCCUCGGCAUCACACUGUUCUCCCUUGUCCCAAACACCACUGAAUUCCUCAACGCCAUUAGUUUUGCGAUGAACGGGAAUGUUGCACUGUCCAUGGAGAUUGGUUCUUCCUAUGCUCUGCAGGUCAUCUUACUGCAAGUACCCUGUCUCGUGCUCUUCAGCUUCAUCUCCGGGCGCUGGUUACUCGAUGAGCAGCUAGCAGACCAUACAUUCACGAUGAUCUUCCCGCAGUGGGAUAUGGUCUGUGUCAUUUUGAGUGUGUUUUUGAUGGGAUGGGUGGUUGGAGAGGGCAAGAGCAAUUACUUCAAAGGAAGCAUCUUGAUCUUUACAUAUCUGGUCGUGGUGAUUGGAUUUUGGUUUGCGGGUUUCCAUGAUCCUGAGAUAAUGGGAAUCGAUCGGUUCGACACUCUCGCCAUCGGUGAAACGUUCCGAACGAUUGGAAAGAGUUCGAGUGGUAGAGCGUUCUAG